CUGAGGCUUUUCUCUUUUAUUAACUUCCAUUCCCCCAAUUCAGUCCCAAUUCCCCUUCCAAUCGUCAGUUUCAGUCCACCUGUUUUCUCAAUGUCUCAACCCACCGCCACCGCCGCCGCCGCCUCCUCCAGCACCAGCACCGCCACCGCCAUCCCCAUCCCCGCCGCCGACGGAUACAAAAUCCACAAACCGUACAACGCCAAAGCCCAAGCCCGCGACUGCUGCAACUGCAUCUUCUUCCUCAUCUUCGCCCUCGCCCUCGCCUGCGCCGUCCCCGCCGUCACCCGCGCCCUCAUCUACCUCCAGCCCGGCCUCCCCGCCGUCGCCGUCAUCUCCUCCACCGUCACCGUCAGAAACGUCUCCGACAGCCUCAUCACCGCCAGCUGGGACGUCACCUUCACCCUCUCCAACCCCAACGACAGGGGAUUCUUCUACGAGCGCCUCGUAGCCUACGCCGCCGGAGGCGGCGGCGCCUCCGGCGGCCACCGCAUCGCCAACGUCACCCUCCCGCCGUUCCGCCAGGCCGGACGCGCCGCCGCCACGCUCUCCGCCUCGUUCCCAGCGUUGAAAUUCGUGGUGAACGACUGCGCGGCAAACCGGACGAUCCUCCGGCCAUGCGCGCCGGCGCCGCUGAGCCUGCUGGUGGAGCCGGCGGCGGUGUACGAGCGGUGGACGUGGCCGUGGAAGGGGGAUGUGGUCGUGGCGGAGUGUGACGUCAAGGAGGUGGCGUUCCGGCCGCGUGUGACGAAAUUGGAGCUGGGUCCGGCGAGCUGCCGCUCCGACGGGCGGUGGCGGCGGUUGGAGGUGAAGUGCCGGACCAUAUUCUGGAAUUAUGUCUACGUUGCGGGAAUGUGUCUUGCGAUUUUGGCGUUCUCUCUUUAGGCGGUUGAGUUUUAAUUAUCUCUCUUUUGGGAAAGUUAUUUUCUUCUUAAUUUCUGAUUUUUUUUUUGUUGUUGUUGUUGUGCUAGCUAGCUAAGUAGAGAGCAUAAAUAUUCGUCUGUAAAUAUGGCGAAAUCGAUACAUUUCGAUUAAUGAAGAGCAGUUACCAUGUACAAUUAAGGUUGUCAUUACCG